CGCUUCCUUCGACCAGCUGUGAUGCAUUUCUUCUUGAAGAGUUAUGGAGGAAGACCUUGAGCAGACGUCCCACGGCUGGCUGGGGGGCUGGCUCCCUGCUUGGCGUCCUACCUCCAUGUCCCACCUGAAGAAUGUGGAAGCUCGAAUCUUGCAGUGCCUCCAGAACCGAUUUGCGGCUCGAUACAUCUCCCUCCCCAACCAUAACAAGAUCUGGACUGUAUCGUUGUCCCCAGAACGGGGCAGGGGGCGCACCCCCCUGGUGUUGGUGCACGGCUUCGGUGGGGGUGUGGGGCUCUGGGUCCUCAACCUGGACUCGCUGAGCACCCGCCGCCCCCUCCACGCUUUUGACCUCCUCGGCUUUGGGCGGAGCUCCCGACCCCCCUUCCCCCACGACGCCCAGGGGGCCGAAGAGGAGUUUGUGAGCUCCAUUGAGGCCUGGCGCCGGGAGAUGGGCAUUCCCAGCAUGAUCCUGCUGGGCCACAGUCUUGGGGGCUACCUGGCGACCUCCUACAGCUUGCAGUACCCAGAGAGGGUGAAACACCUCAUCCUCGUGGACCCCUGGGGCUUCCCAGUGCGGCCGACGGACCCAAAUCAGGUGCGCAGCGCCCCUGCUUGGAUUAAGGCCGUGGCGACGGUAUUGGGGCGCUCCAACCCUCUGGCUGUGUUGCGAGCCGCUGGACCGUGGGGCCCAGGGCUAGUGCAGCGCUUCCGUCCAGACUUUAAGCAGAAGUUUGCAGAUUUCUUCGAUGACGAUACCAUCUCGGAAUACAUCUACCACUGCAAUGCCCAGACGCCCAGUGGCGAGGCGGGGUUCAAGGCCAUGAUGGAGGCAUUCGGGUGGGCCCGGCGGCCCAUGCUGGAACGCAUCCACCUGGUGCGGCGUGACUUGCCCAUCACCCUCAUCUACGGUGCCAACUCCUGGAUUGACACCAGCACCGGGGAGAAGGUCAAGCGCCUGCGGCCAGGGAGCUACGUCUACGACAUGGCUAUCCCCGGCGCCUCCCACCAUGUCUACGCCGACCAACCCCAUGCCUUUAACGCCGCUGUGGAUGAGAUCUGCGACUCCGUCGACUGAUGGCACAGAAGCUGGAGGAGGAAAGAAACUCACCUGCUGCUAGCUCUCCGCCCGGUCACUGGGGCACGCCCGAGACCCCCCUCUCCCUUCGUGCACCCCAAGGAGUGGCGACUUCAGGUCUGCUUGAGCUGGUCACGAGUUGGUCUUGGAAGACGUCUGUCCCGUCCCCCUCCCUUCCCUUGUCCAGGAACCUUCCACUCUCCUUAAAGGUUGCAGGCCACCUGCUUUGGGUUAAUCGAAGUUCCAACUUUAUUUUUCUUAUCAAUUCUCUGUGGAACCUGAAUUACUUAAGAGCGCCU